AGCCACUCUUUCUAUCCCCUUUCUCAGUUCUCCACGCGCACAAAUUUACACACAACUACACAAGGACAUCACCGGACUCUCUCUCUCUCGCAAAACACACACUCGGUGUCCUCUCCCCAGCACCACAUAGGGCUUCGUUCCCUUCUUUCUAUCUUUCUUUUUCAUCGGAUCUGUCUUCUCUCUCCGAUCUCCCCAAUCCCCCGCAGAUCGCACCUUCGACUCACUCUCCAUACCCAACUGCAUACCCUUCAUCCCAAAAACCAAAAUAACCACACAACGUUUACUUUCUCUAAUGGAAACCAAAGGCUCCUAGAGGUGUCACAAUGACCACUCAGCGAUGAGCAGGAACACCCACAUCUCCCACAAGGACUCAGCCCAAAAAGAAAAAGAUAAAGAAGAAGUAGAGGAGGAGGAGGAGGAGGAAGAAGAAGAAGAAGACGAGCAUUUCUACGAGUCCCUUGAUCGCAUUGCUUCUUCCUGUUGUUCCUGCUCCGUUUCCAACUCUGAUUCCGAUCCUGACCUCAAUCCAACUCACUCCAAUUCCAGUUCCAACUCUCCCGGUAAUAAUAUUGACCACCCAUUUCCGCUUCCUAAAUUCCCCUUGGGGGUAUCCAAGUACGAUGUUUGGAUCUCCGAGCCUGCUUCGGUGUCCGAACGUCGGCAGCGCUUGCUUCGUCAAAUGGGCCUCAGUUCCCAACCUUCUCUCUCCCGGGCCAAACCCCAAGGAGAUAUAAACUUUAAUCGUUCCGACUCAUCGGAUCAUUCGAGUCAGGAAGGAGCAGGCCCCAGUACUUCUGGCGGCAUUGUCCGUUUGAAAUCAGAAGGUGCCGGUUCAAGAACGGAUCGAAACGGUGGUGCUGACGAGUGUAAUGAUGAGUUUAAUUCGUGUUGUUCUUCUUUGUGUACUUCUCCUUCUCUCUUACAUGUUCAUUCUCAUCGGAUUCUUUCAAAUGAUUUAAUGAAUGUAAAUAACUGUGACUCCAGUUGUGACAAAAACAACAAGGACAGCAAUAAUGUUGUUGUUUUUGGUAGCAAAAAAUCCACCGACGUUUCUUCUCCCAAAGCUACUGCUCUUUCCACUAAUAAGCCGCCUGUAGGUAAAUAUGGUAGGAAAAUGGAUGCCUAUCGAUCAGAUUCCACGAAUUCAAAUGGUGAUUUGAAUGGAAGUUGCUCAAACACCAUGGGAGAGCUUGUGGAGGAAUUGGAUUGUAAUGGGGAUGGUGGCAUUGAUACUGCAGCAGCGGCUUCAGAAACUCAAGUGUGUACCAUUAAGAAUCUUGACAAUGGGAAAGAGUUUGUGGUUAAUGAGAUAAGGGAAGAUGGGGCAUGGAACAAGUUGAAAGAAGUGGGGACAGAGAGGCAGUUGACAAUGGAGGAAUUUGAAAUGUGUGUGGGGCAUUCACCAAUCGUCCAAGAAUUGAUGAGGAGACAAAAUGUAGAAGAUGGUACCAGAGAAAAUCUCGAUUCCAACCCCAAUGGAGGUGUUGGUGGCGGUGUUUCAAAGUUGAAAAAGAAGGGUAGCUGGCUUAGGAGUAUCAGGAGCGUGGCAGGUAAUGUAACGGGGAAUAAAGAGAGAAGAAGUAGUGAUGAGAGGGAUACUGGGUCAGACAAGGGUGGAAGGAGGUCGAGUUCUGCUACAGAUGACAGCCAGGAUGUGUCAUUUCAUGGGCCUGAGAGAGUAAGGGUAAGGCAAUAUGGGAAGUCUUUCAAAGAAUUGAGUGCACUUUACAAGUUUCAGGAGAUCCAGGCACAUAAUGGAUCUAUAUGGAGUAUUAAGUUUAGUUUAGAUGGAAGGCAUCUUGCAAGUGCAGGUGAGGAUUGUGUGAUUCAUGUUUGGCAGGUUAUAGAGACUGAGAGAAAAGGGGAGCUGCUGAAUGAUAAACCGGAUGAUGGGAAUCUUAACUUUUUGUUGACAGCAAAUGGGUCACCUGAAGCUUCUCUGUUGUCACCAACUGCAGAUGGUCAUUAUGAGAAGAAGAGGAGAGGGAGGACCUCUGUAAGUAGAAAAUCUUUGGGCUUGGACCACAUUGUUGUGCCAGAGAUUGUGUUUGCACUUACAGAUAAACCCAUUUGUUCUUUCCAAGGACAUCUAGAUGAUGUGCUUGACCUUUCAUGGUCCAAGUCUCAGCACCUGCUUUCUUCUUCAAUGGACAAAACAGUGCGCCUAUGGCACUUGUCUAGCAAGACUUGUUUGAAGAUAUUCUCACACAGCGAUUAUGUAACUUGCAUCCAGUUUAAUCCUGUUGAUGAUAGAUACUUCAUUAGUGGGUCCUUAGAUGCAAAGGUUCGCAUAUGGAGCAUUCCUGAUCGUCAAGUUGUCGAUUGGAAUGAUCUGCAUGAGAUGGUUACUGCUGCUUGCUAUACUCCAGAUGGCCAGGGUGCACUUGUUGGCUCAUACAAGGGAAGUUGCCGUUUAUAUAGUACAUCUGAGAAUAAGUUGCAACAAAAAUAUCAAAUUGAUCUACAGAAUAAGAAGAAAAAAGCUCAUCUUAAAAAAAUCACUGGAUUCCAGUUUGCAUGGGGAAGUUCCUCAGAGGUGCUCAUCACAUCAGCAGAUUCUCGAAUCCGAGUUGUUGAUGGUGUUGAUCUGGUUCACAAGUUCAAAGGGUUUCGCAACACCAACAGCCAAAUCUCAGCUUCCCUCACAGCAAAUGGGAAACAUGUAGUCUCUGCUAGUGACGAUUCUUAUGUAUAUGUGUGGAAGCAUGAGUCCGAUUCUCGACCUUGCAGAAGCAAAGGUGUUACUGUCGCACGGUCGUACGAGCAUUUCCACUGUCAAGAUGUGUCUGUGGCUAUCCCAUGGCCUGGUGUAGGGGAUGCUUGGGGACUAGAGGAUGCAUAUUAUGGGGAACAUAAUGGACUUGAAAACCAUCUUGACGAGGUCUCUGUUGCCAAUCAUCCUCCUACACCUGUUGAGGAAUUAAGUGUUAAUGAAGGUCCACAAUCUUUAUCUGGGUGCACAAAUAGUCCGCUGAAUGGAAUUAUUUGCAGUGCAACCAAUGGUUACUUCUUUGAUAGAAUUUCAGCAACAUGGCCGGAGGAAAGACUUAAUUUAGCUACAAGAAACUGGAGCCCGGGCACUAGUGUGGAUUUUUCAGAUGGGAUGAACCCAAAUAUGUCAGCCUAUGGUAUGGUGAUUGUAACUGCUGGCCUUCGAGGGGAAAUUAGAGCUUACCAAAAUUUUGGAUUGCCAGUUCGAAUUUAAGGGGCUAAAAAGGGGAACAGAAGCCAGUACAGUACAAUUUGGUUAUAUGUGUACAGAGAUAUCGGUGAGAUGUGUAAUAUUAGUGAGUUUCAGUUCUUUCCCAUAGGAUAUUGAGUGCAUAUGGAUGGAUAUCCAUUCUGAUUGGGCAUUGGGAAAAUUUAUAGAUCUGGUAAACAAAGAAAGGGGAGGAAAAAGAGGGGAAAAAAUACACCUGCAAUUUAGCAACCGAUGUAUUUCUGAUGUCGGGAAUUGUAGAGUUAUGAGCAUGGAAAAAGCUUAUUGAAUUAAAAGAAAUUCUUUAA